AAGAAUUAUUCGAGAUAAUUCGGACAUUAUGUCUCUAAGCGAUAAAAGCUUCAUGCAAAAUUUCCGCCUUAAUAAGCACGCAUUUUUAUAUGUUUUGGACAACAUAAGACCCCAAUUAAAAGUCGCUCAAAGGACCACAUCAAUUCCAGAAAUUGUAAAACUGUCAACAACCUUGAAGUUCCUCGCACAGGGCGGGUAUCAACACUCGGUCGGCCAAGAUAGGCAUUCAGGGCUAGCCCAACAAUCGGUUUCCCGAUGCAUCUUGGAAGUGUGCGAUGCCAUCGAGAAAACUCUGUGCCCAAAGCAUAUCGUGUUUCCCUUGACCAUUGAGGAAAAAAUUGAAGCAAAUAGAACCUUUUACUUGACGUCCGGAAUUCCAGGCGUAAUUGGAGUGAUUGAUGGGACGCACAUCCAGUUGAUACGACCAUCACGGAAUGAACAUUUAUUUUUUAAUCGUAAACUAAAACACAGCAUAAAUGCAAUGGUGGUAAGAACAUUCAUAAAUACGAUAAUAUACAUGUACAUACGUUGCGAGCAUUGA